UAACAACCUUAGUUUUAUGCAGUGCGUUUUUUUUUGUUGUGACUUGAGGUAGACACACGCAUUCUGUUGUUGCAGAAUGUUUCUCAAGACAGUAGUCCUAGUUUUUCUUGCAAGCUUCCAAACACUAGAUGCAACGCCAGCCAAAGUAGUGUGUUACUUUAGCAAUUGGGCUAUAUACAGACCAGGUAGUGGAAGCUAUGCUUUGGAAGAUGUCCCAGUCGACCUAUGUACGCAUUUAAUCUACUCAUUUAUUGGAGUUGACGAUAAAUCAUGGAGUAUUUUGGUAAUAGAUCCAGAGCUGGAUAUUGAACAAAAUGGAUUUAGAAACUUCAGUGAUAUUAAGAAAACUCAUCCUCACGUUAAAUUAGAAGUAGCAGUAGGCGGAUGGGCCGAAGGUGGAUCUAAAUAUUCCGCGCUGGUAGCACAACAGGCAAGGAGGGACUCUUUUAUUAGAAGUGUAGUUGCUUUUAUGAAGGAAUACAAUUUGGACGGUUUUGACUUGGACUGGGAAUAUCCUGGAGCAGCAGACCGAGGUGGUAGCUUUUCUGACAAGGAUAAAUUCUUUUAUUUUGUCGAAGAACUUCGUAGGGCCUUUGACAACGAAGGAAAAGGAUGGGAAAUUACAAUGGCUGUACCGGUAGCCAAAUUUAGACUUCAAGAAGGUUACUACGUACCCGAGUUAUGCGACCUAGUUGAUGCUAUCCAUGUUAUGUCUUACGAUCUAAGAGGAAACUGGGCUGGUUUUGCCGAUACCCACAGUCCACUAUAUAAGAGACCUCAUGAUCAAUGGGCUUAUGAAAAACUGAAUGUAAAUGAUGGUGCACAACUAUGGGUAGAUGCAGGUUGCUCUCCCAAAAAACUGGUAAUUGGUAUACCCUUCUAUGGAAGAACAUUCACUCUAAGUGCUGGAAAUACGAACUAUAAUUUGGGAACUUAUAUUAAUAAAGAGGCAGGUGGUGGAGCUCCUGGACCGUACACCAAUGCUACUGGAUUUUUAGCUUACUAUGAAAUUUGCACCGAACUCUUGGGAGAAAAUAAUGGAUGGACAAAAAAAUGGGACGAACAUGGAAAAGUACCGUAUGCUUAUAAAGGAACACAAUGGGUUGGUUACGAAGAUCCAGAGUCUGUACAAAUAAAAAUGAACUGGAUAAAAUCAAAGGGGUAUGCAGGUGCUAUGACUUGGGCUAUAGAUAUGGAUGACUUCCACGGUUUAUGUGGUCCCAAAAACGUUUUAAUACACAUAUUACAUGCUAAUAUGGACUCUUAUAAUGUACCAGAACCUCAUGUAUCUACAACAGCAAGGCCCGAAUGGGAUAGACCCAAAAGUACAACUUCUUCAGGCAGUGCAACAGCAGUAACUUCAGCUACACCUAAACCACCUAAACCAACGUACUCCAGUACGGUGCCCACUUCACAGCAAACCACGCAUGGAGUUCCCACUCAACCUACUGCAGCUUCGUCGCCAUCAAGUUAUCCUGAAGACGCUGAUAAUUUAACAGAAUGUGAGGCAGAUUUCAUGCCACAUAGGGACUGUGAUAAAUACUACCGCUGUGAUCAUGGCAAACCAACCCUGUUUAACUGCGAACCUGGCACUGCUUUUCAUACUGGUCUCAAUGUAUGCGACUGGCCCGCAAAUUCUGACAGGGAAGAGUGUAGGCCAUAGAAUAUACUUAUUUUAGUUUUGUAUUUAUAAGACUUAUAUUAAGACUUUUUUAAUAAACAUUUUA